AUGACUAGAAAGUGCCCUGACUGUGCGCGCACUUUCGGCCCCCACCGUGCGUUCAGCGAACACGUGCGUCGCUACCACCGCCAUCCCAAACCUCCACCUCCUCCGAGUACUGUCUACGAACACCCGGACCUUACAGGACGGCCAUGCGACCAGAACGGCGUGUAUCUGGAUCACGGUGUACCACCUCCUCCCCCUGAAGAGCGUGCCGAUACAGCCCCCUUUCCCGAUCGUGCGGCCUUCGACUUCGCAUACACCACUUACGGCAAGAUGCAAGGCUCUGAAGCGGAUAUCAACGACAUCCUCCGCGACUUCCGCGCCCGCGACAUACUGCGGGGCGAGGAUGAUGCCGAGCCACUGUUUCGCUCAUACGAGCAUCUUGUCGCUACCGUGGACGCUAUCCCGGAGGGCGAUGCGCAGUUCACCUCCGUCUCCGUGAGAUGGGCAGGUCCUGUCGACGAGCAUAGCCCUCAGUGGAAGCGUGAACCCCAUGUGGCUCACCACCGAAAUAUCAUACAGACUGUCCGAGUCAUGGCAGGAAAUCCAGAGCUCGACGGGCACUGGGACAACACGCCAAAGGCAGUCUUCAAUGCCGAUGGCACGCGAUUGUAUUCGCAUCUCAUGACAGGACAGUGGGCAUGGAAUCAAUCGGACAAAAUUGCUACGGACCCUCAAACACACGGAGCUAUGCACACACCGGUCUUGCUCGGUGCAGACAAGACUACCGUUUCUGUCGGCACAGGCAACCGUUCCUACUACCCGCUCUACAGCAGUCUGGGGAAUAUCCAUAACGAUAUGCGCUGCUCUCACUCGGAUGCAGUAACUGUGCUUGCAUUUCUGCCAGUCAUUAAGGGCACUCGAGAGGACACUAAUGAUAAGGAGUUUCGCCUGUUUCGGAAACAGGUGUACCAUACAAUCAUUGAACAUGUCCUUUCUCCACUCCGUCCUCACAUGCACAUCCCACUCCCUCUCCGCUGCCCUGAUCAGCACUGGCGAAAUGCUAUCUUUGACAUUGGGCCUUUCCUUGCAGACUACCCUGAGCAGGUUGAUGUCUCAGGCAUUGUACAAGGCUGGUGUCCCAAAUGUUUGGCAUUCCCCGAUGAGCUUGACAACAAGGGCCCUCCGCGCUUUCGGGACCUUAGCGAGCACAUGCAAGAUGUGUUUGACCCUGGAACUCUAUGGGAUAAUUUUGGUCUCUUACAAGAUAUAUUGCCAUUUACAUAUUCCUUCCCUCGUGCCGACAUUCAUGAACUAGUGACCCCUGACCUGCUGCAUCAGCUUGUUAAGGGCACGUUCAAGGAUCACUUGGUGGCUUGGAUUGAGGACUACAUUGUACUCACCUCAGACACAGAGGUGGAGGCAAAAAAGAGACUGGAUAGUCUCGACCGGCGGCUUGCAGCAGUGCCUAGCUUCUCAGGACUCCGACGUUUUCCUGAUGGACGCCACUUCAGCCAAUGGACAGGAGAUGACUCCAAGGCUCUCAUGAAGGUUCUUUUGCCUGCGCUUGUUGGUAUUGUGCCUGAUGAGGUUGUAGAGUGUGUCAGAGUCUUCCUAGACUUUGCAUACCUUGCAAGAUUGUCAGUGCACACUACUGACACUAUCGCACGCAUGGAGGCCCUGCUUGAGGAGUUCUGCACUCUUCGUCAUAUCUUUAUCAUUGCUGGUGUUCGAGUGCACAUCUCAUUGCCUCGGCAGCAUGCUUUAGAGCAUUAUGCUGAGGCAAUUGAGUUGUUUGGCUCCCUCAAUGGGCUUAGCACUUCUAUCACAGAGUCUAAGCACAUUGAGGCAGUCAAGCGUCCUUGGCGCGCAUCUAACCGCAAUGAUGCCCUCCCUCAGAUGCUGCAGCGGAACGUUCGUAUGAGCAAGCUGAAUGCUCUGCGGAUUGCUCUUGGGCAUUCAGGUCUGUUGGAGGGUGAGAUCACUGACUGGGCUUUGCGAGAGGUAGGUAUAUCACUCAUCAAUACUCUUUUAGCAUAUCACAAGCGCCUAGCUGCCUUAGGAGCUGAACUUGGUGUACCUGACUUCCAUGCCAGGGUUCGCCGCUUCUUGCGUGCGCAGAUGUUUGCUGGCCUGGACGAUCCUGAAGAGAUUGUGCCUUUGCUAGACUGCCCACAGAUAUCCCCAGAAACGCGGAUGUCUGUUUAUCUCUGUGCACAUGCCACCUACUUUGCUCCAAGUGAGCUUAGUCUCCCAGGUGGUAUGUACUCAGAAAUAAUCAGGUGCAAUCCUAACUGGAUGAAUGGGGAGCCAAGGUUUGACACAGUAUUGGUUCAAGUUGGCACUGAGAAUGACCCUAUGCGUGGUAUGGUGGUUGCUAGAGUUCGCAAGUUCUUCUCCAUUCCCACACAGUUUGAAGUGUAUAGAUGUGCUCUUGUUGAGUGGUUUGACUUAGUUUUGGAUGAGCCAGAUGCCCUUACAGGCAUGUGGGUAGUUGAGCCUGAAAAGGUGCAUAACCAACGAGCUAUUGACAUUAUUCCUCUUGAUUCUAUAGUUCGUUCUUGCCAUCUUAUCCCAUACCAUGGAACUAGAGUACUUCAAAAGGGUUGGAACCAUUAUGACACUUUACAGUCCUUCAACUCUUUCUAUGUCAACUGUUAUAUUGACUACCAUAGCUUUGAACUACUAAAAUAG